AUGGCGUCCCAGCAGCAGCAGCAGCCCGGAGGACCGAUGUCUCAGCCCGGGCUCCAGCAACAAGCUGCUCUGCAACAACAGCAGCAGCAACAACUGAGUCAGCAGCAGGACUUCGACCCGGUCCACAGGUUCAAGAUGCUCAUCCCACAGCUGAAGGAGAGUCUGCAGAAUUUGAUGAAGAUCGCGUCCCUGAAUCUGGCUCAUAACACAUCGAUAGACAACGGCAUUAAAAGCAGCGACACCUCGGUUCAGCGCUUUGACAAAAGCCUCGAGGAGUUUUACGCCCUCUGCGAUCAACUGGAGCUGUGUUUGCGGCUGGCUUACGAGUGCCUUUCCCAGAGCAUCGACAGCGCCAAACAUUCCCCCAACCUGGUCCCAACAGCCACCAAGCCGGACACGGUGCAGACGGAGUCCAUGUCCUACGCCCAGUACCUCGGCAUGAUCAAGUCUCAGAUCUCCUGCGCCAAAGAUAUCCACAACGCUCUGCUGGAGUGCUCCAAGAAGAUCGCAGGGAAGGGACCUGCUCAGGGAAUCAUGUGACCUCGGACUGACAAUUCACACUCGUUCUGCAGCUGCUGACUUUUGUUUUUGUUUUUGAGAAAGACAAUGGAUUUCGUAUUCUGGGCUGUUUCAUACACACAUCUCAUCUUUGAAGACGCUGUUUAAUUUCCCCCCAAUUUCUUCUGUCUAAAAAUAAUUUAUGUUUUUUUGUCAACUCUGUGUAAAUAUUCCUGAUGAAGUCAUGUCCUGAGAUGACCAGCAGGUGGUGGCAGAGGUGUACCUUUAUGGACUUUUGUAGAUUAUUUGUACUGAACAUUAAAACUUUCUAGAAAUGCU